CCAACACCCCCCUCCUCCUCCGCUCCCUCCCCUGCACCGCAGCCAGAGAGACAGAGUCCGUCUAGAGAGAGAGAGAGAGAGAGAGAGAGAAGCAAGCUAGCAGUGAGCUGAGAGGUCGCCCGUCCGUCGGUCCAUCCAUCCAUUCUCCGGCGGGUGGUGGAGCUCUCUCUUCUUCCAGGAGGCAACCAAAGAAAGCGGAGCGCACAUGCUUCCCCGGGUACGCCUCAGAGUCCCCCGAUGUCGCCGGUGAUCAGCGAGAUCCUCCUCUCCGGGUUUAUGAUCAACUCCACACUCCGGCGCCGAACCCACCUCGUCCAGUCAUUCUCCGUCGUCUUCCUCUACUGGUUCUAUGUCUUCUCAUAAACCACUCGCCCCCACACACCUCCUCCCCCUCUCCCUCCUCCUCCUUUAGCCCUCCUCCUCCUUCCAUCCUCUCCUCGUCCCUCCCACUCGCGCGCUUACUCUCUCGUCGUCGUCACUCCUCCUCCUCGUCGUCGUCGUCGCAGUCUCUCUAGAGUCAGUCCGUAGCUGGUAAUCCAUCCUUGCUUCUUGCAACAACAACAAAGGAAAGCAGAGAGUCCCUGCUUGCUUGCUUGCUUGCUUGGUGGUGGAUGGCGUCCUCGAGCGGGAGCGGGAGCACGGGCUCGCUCUCGACGGCGGCGGCCAUGGCCAUGGCGGCCGCGUCGGGGACGGAGGAGGACAUGCGGGCACUCAUGGAGCAGCGCCGGGCGAAGCGGAUGCUCUCCAACCGGGAGUCGGCGCGCCGCUCGCGGAUGCGCAAGCAGCGCCACCUCGACGACCUCGCCGCGCAGGCGGCCCACCUGCGCCGCGAGAACGCGCACGUCGCCGCCGCGCUCGGGCUCACAGCGCGGGGCCUCCUCGCCGUCGACGCCGAGAACGCCGUCCUCCGCACCCAGGCCGCCGAGCUCGCCGCGCGCCUCCAGUCGCUCAACGACAUCAUCGCCUGCAUGAGCGCCAGCAACAACACCGCAGCCGCCGUCGCGCUCACCGUCGCCGCGGCAGCCACCGCCACCGCCACCGACCCGUUCGGCUUCGACGGCCCGUCGCUCGACGACUACCUCUGCAGAUCCUCCCCCGAGAUGUUCAUGUUCCCAGCCCUCCAAAGCUAGCACCCACGGCCAUGGCAUGGCAGACGACAGCAGCCAGCACAAGAUCGAGCGAGCGAGCGCAGCAAGAAAGAUCAUCCAUCCAUCUUUUUUCCCUGAUGCUUCUGGUGUUUCAGGUUAAUUACGUACUGAAGAUUUGGAGGGCCGUGGAGUUUUUACUGCACCUAACUAGAAAAGCUAGCUAGCUAGCAGCUGGGGUUAAUUAAUUAGUUACCGCGCCUAAUCAAUCAUCAUGUGUAAUCUCAACUGGUGUGUGUGUACCAAGUGAUGAUGGUUCUUAAGCUUAGCAUGCAUCACCAUCAUGUGAUCCACUAUGUAAGAAGAAGCAGUAAGCUCUCUCUCCCUGUGCUGUUGCUC